AUGCUCGCGUUUUUUUUACGGCCGAAAUCGGAUAACGGGUAUUCUCUCCGCGACGAUAAUCUAGCCUACGUCCGCCGUUGCGGAGAAACUGUAUUUGCAUUUCCUCCGCCCGCAGUCCUGUCCCGAGCUACUUUUAUUCAUUCUAUUAUUCCGGUGGAUGAACCACGGUUUAAAAUCAACCUUCGAAUCAAUCAGAUGAGAGUUUCUCCAAGAUUAUUCAAUCUCUUGCCGGGCUCUUCCUAUCAUCUACGUCCCUACCCUAAUUUACGGUUCUUCUUAUACUGCAACUCCGGUCCGAUUGUCUCCUUCCCAACUGCAGCGUAUACAACAGCACGCACGAUGUCGUCCUCGUCGUCGUCUUCGUCUUCUCCAAAAACCCUCGAGGAGAAGCUUGAGGCGCUGCAUAAUUUUUCGCCUUGUGAUGUCUCCGACGCCCUGCUGAAACUGCAAAAGGGUAACCCACUUGCAGGACACCUCAAGGAUAUCACCCCAUUCUCCCCCUUCAUCGGCCGCCAAUCCGGCCAACCGAAGAUCAUCGCCCCCGUCUCAACAUUCAGAUUCAUCCCCAAAGACGCCCCAACGCCCGAGGUCGAGUCCCUAGAGAAGCACGGCUUCCCUCCGGGCAAGCACUGGGUAGACUGGGCGCAGCCGGGGACCGUCGUCGUGAUCGAGCAGCCAGCGGGGCAGUCCUGCGCCGCGCUGGGCGGGAUCAUGGCUGCGCGGCUGAAGUAUCUCGGCGUCAAGGCGGCUGUUGUUGAUGGGAGAGUGAGGGAUUUGGCCGAGUUGCAUGGGUCGGGGUUGCAUGUCUGGGCACGCGGAACAUCAACCGUCGGCACCGGCGCAGAAGCCAAACCUGGGGAGCGCGACGUGCCCAUCUCCUUCGGAGGAGUCACCAUCUCACCCAACCCACUGAUCAUGUCUGUAUUAAUGCUGCAGGGCGACAUCAUCAUCUGCGACGCCCUCGAAGGCGUCGUCGUCAUCCCACGCGCCCUGCUCGACGACGUGCUGGCGCUGAUGCCGCAGCUCGUGGAGCAGGAUGACAAGGCCAAGGCGGAUGUUGAGCAGGGCGUUUCGGUGUUUGAGGCGUUUAAGAGGCAUCGGACGUUGAAAUAG